AUGGAAAGUUAGAGAAUAAUGCAGAUAAAAGUAGAUUAUCAAAUGAUAGAUAGUCGAAAUUAACAGAUUACUGCUUAACUCACUACAAGCGAGGAUGCUUUUGAAAAGUAUAUGAAUGAGAAACUCUAGAAUAGAAAUCUCAUAAUAGCUAUUGAUUGUAGUGUCAGUAUCCAUAAUCAUAAUAGUCUUUCAUUAUUAAAGUCCCAUUUACUGCAGUUUUGCCAGGUUACCCUUACUACCACAUGCAUUUAGAUAUCAUUAAAUAAGGCAAAGAUAGAGAAUCAUUUGUUCCCAUAAUUUGUUGGUAUACAAACUGCAAAUAAAAUGUUGCUUAAAGAAUUAUAAUCUUUAGGGAAUGUUCAGACAGAUAUACAGGAGUGGCUGUAUGAAGAUUAUGAUAUUUUGAGAGCAUAUGUAGGAAGUUUCUUUGAAUAAUUUGAGAAGGACCUAGAAAAUCUUAAUGGUAUUAUAUUAACCUACAUGGGAAAUCAACAUUUUAUAAAAAUAAGUUCAACUAUUCAAAAUAAGACAGUAACUUUCGAACAAUUUAAUCAAAAGAUUACAGAUCUUGGACAGAUUCAUAACAUUGAAAAAGAGGAAUUUGAAGUAACAGGAUUUAAGUCUUAGAACUUAUACAGAAACAGGUAUUUUAACUCUAAUUAUCAGAAUAUUUAAGAUGAUGAGCCUGAAAUAACAGGCCAUGAAGAAGAUAGAUAGGAAGAAAUUGUUUAAGAAUAAUUAUAUCGCGAACAAAUCUAAAAAGCUAUUGAACUAUCAUUAGAAAAUCCUAAUUUCAUGAGUACUUUAUAAUAGCAACUAUUUUUCAUGGAGAAUUUAAAAAAAUAGCAGGAGAAUCAAACUAAUGAUGAUAAUAUAUUUGACCUAUUAGAUAUUUAAGACGCUGAGAAGGACUUAAAAGAUAUUAAAAGUUUAUUUUAAAAUUCUCAGAUUAAUACUAGAACAAAUGAAAAAAUAUAAGCUCAGGAUAAGAUAAAGUAAAUUCAAAAUAAGAUGAAAGAAAAAAUUGACUUGAUUGGAAAGUAAAUGAGAGUGGCUAAGAAAUCAAAUGUUAUGAAUUCAGCUCUUUACUUAAAGCAUAAAUUAUUAAAAGAAGGACAAGACAAAAUAUUUGUUAGAGCAAUUGCACCUGCUACAAUUACAAUGAAGAAAAUCAUGAGUGAAUUCGAGUAGAUUUGCUCUAAGCAAAACUAUACUCUGGAAAAAAUUGAAUUCAAAUAAAAGUUUAAGGAUAAAUUCAUAGAGCAAGUUGUCCUUAAGCAAGCUUUAUUAGAAGAGUAAAAAUAAAUUGAAGAAAAGAUAAGAAGAUAAAUCAAAUAAAAGGAAGAGGAGAAGAAAUAAAAGGAAUAGGAGGAGGAAAGAUUGGUUUUAGAAAUGCUUUAAAGAGAACAAGAGGAAUUUUUACAACAAAAAUUAUAGAGAGAAUAGGAGAUUAAAAGAUCGGAGGAGGAACAAAAAAGAUAAUAAGACAUUAAAAAUUAGUAAAUCGAAUAGUAGAAUUUAAAUAAACCUUUAAGUUACAAAAACAUCUCCAAAAAGAAUUAACUAUCUAAAUCAAAGCAAAUAGACCAUGACUAAUUAUUUGAAUACGUUUAAACAGCAUAUUAAUAAGAUGAUCAUGAUAUUUGGAUGGGAAAGAAAGUAACAUCAAUAGAUGUAGUUGAUAUUAUUUACUCUAGAAGGCUUCAAGGGAUUAGUAAGAUCAGAUUCAUCUCUAAUAAUACAAAAGAUUAGCGUAUACUAGAUGAAGGCAUAAAGCAAUACAAUAGUUUACAUCCUGAUGAUUUGGUUAGUACAGAUGAAGAUUUAUAAAAGCAUACACACAAAAAGUUAGGAAAUAAAUAGGUAUUAACAGUCAGGACUACUAUCUUUAGAAGAGGUAUAAUUAAACAUUGA